AUACUCAGGUUGAGCGGGAGUUCAAGGAGACAGUCCUUGAGAACGUGUAAACAGUCAUGGUUGAACAGGCAGGGGUUUUUCAGGGUCUUUCAACUUUCCGCGGCAUGAUAUGGGCAUCCAAAAGGUGUUAUGUUUACAAAUGAAUGGUCAAACAUACACCUUGAUGUCUCUCCGCGGUACUGACGGCGUGCAUGGAUGCAUUGGUCGCAUCUGGUAUUUAUGUGGCGGUGCGGGAAAAGUGCAAUCACGGAAAUGACAAUGACAACUUACACCACUUUUGGGUCCUUUGCUGUCAGUUGCUGCUAACAUCGUCGUUGGUCCAGGCAUUCGCAUCACCAACGCGUUAUGAUAAUUUCUUUUGUUUACAUUCUCUCUGCCUGGUUUUCUUAUUGUUGUUCUUCGUUCGUGGUCAUGUUCCUACUCUUGAUGCCUUCAAACUUCUCGUUGUCCCAUGCCUUGUUUUGACGUGGUCAUAAUAAAGCAUCUCACUUCACGUGCACGACAACAUUCGUAGCAUAUUUCAUUAAGCCAUCAAUCCCCUCCAAC